CUUUUCAACUCCUCAAAAUGUAUCCAUCUUUUCAAUCUUGGCUUUCAAGUUUCACCAACUCAAAUCUGCUAUGAAACAGAAACAUGAAAUAGAGAAAUAUAUUUCAUCUUUUUAAUCUUGCAUUUCACCAAAUAUAUGAAGUAAAGAAAAACACCAUGAACACACUUUUCUUCUUCUUUCUUUUCACAAUUUUCUCCUUCCUCCAAAAUACUUACUCUCAAGGUGACACAAUAACAACUUCACAAUUUCUUAAAGAUGGUCAAACUAUAGUUUCAUCAGAUGGAACAUUUGAAUUGGGAUUUUUUAGUCCACACAAUACUUCUACAAAUCGUUAUGUUUGUAUUUGGUACAAACAAAUAUCAGCUUUUACACCAGUUUGGGUUGCUAACAGACAAGUUCCUGUAAAGGAUACUUCUGGAAUCUUGAAAAUCAUUGAACCAGGUUUUCUUGUUCUGAUUAAUGUUACUAAUGACACUAUAUGGUCUACUAAUACUUCAAGAACUGUGAAAAAUCCAGUUGCACAGUUGCUGGAUACAGGGAAUUUGGUGGUUAGAGAUGUAAAUGAUCAUGACCCUGAUAAUUUCUUGUGGCAAAGCUUUGAUUAUCCUGGUGAUACUUUGUUAGCAAGUAUGAAGCUUGGAUGGAAUUUGGUGACUGGCUUGGAAAGAUAUCUGAGUUCAUGGAAAAGCGAGGACAAUCCUGCUCCUGGGGAUUAUACAUAUCACUGUGAUCCUACAGGUUAUCCGCAGGACCUAAUGAGAAAAGGGCCUAAUGUAGUUUAUAGAGCGGGGCCAUGGAACGGUCUUAGAUGGAGUGGCGCACCAAACAUGGAGAACAACUCGAUCACCUCUUUCGGACUAGUCAUGAACAAUCAGGAAAUUUACUACAAAUACGAACUAGUAAAUAAAUCUGUCGUUUCAACUUUUAGGCUAAGGCCUAAUGGCAACGCGAUGCGUAUGAUUUGGGUGGAAAACAAAGAGGGUUGGGUUAACUACCAUUCAGCGGAUGCAGAUCAUUGUGAAACUUACAAAUUAUGUGGUGCAUAUGGCACUUGCAUGAUCUUUACCGAUCCUGUGUGUCGUUGUUUGGAUAAAUUCAUUCCGAAGCAUCCGGAUGAUUGGAACAGGGCUGAUUGGUCGAGCGGCUGUGUCCGAAAUCAUCCACUGAAUUGUUCGGAAGAUGGAUUUAUAAAGUAUUCCGGUGUUAAAUUGCCAGAUACUCGGAAUUCUUGGUUUAAUGAGACUAUGACACUUGAUGAAUGCAAGGUAGUUUGCUCGAGAAAUUGUUCAUGUAUGGGAUAUACUAAUCUUGACAUCAGGUACGGGGGAAGUGGGUGCUUGAUAUGGAUCGGGGAGCUCGUUGACAUCAGACAGCUAUCAGAAUCAGGACAGGAUAUUUAUAUUAGGAUGGCUGCUUCUGAGAUAAGUACUAAUGAUGGCUCGAAUAGAAAGAAAAGUGUUAUACUUGCAAUAGCUUUGCCAUUAUUGGUCGCAACGGCCCUUCUAGUCGUGGGAGUAUGCCUAAUUCUUCGUAGACAGAGAAAGAAAGCGGAAACAGCGCUUAUAGAAAAGGGGAGAAUGGAUGACAACAAUAGCAAAGAUAAUCACAGUCGAAUUCUCGGUAAAGCUUUUGAGCUACCACUCUUUGACUUAUCCGCAAUAAUGAAGGCUACCGAUAACUUUUCACCUCAGAAUAAGAUUGGAGCGGGCGGCUUUGGGAAAGUUUACAAGGGCGUGCUAGAAGGUGGACAGGAAGUAGCUGUGAAGCGGCUCUCAGUAACUUCCAGACAAGGAAAUGACGAGUUCAAGAACGAAGUCAUCUUCAUUGCAGAACUUCAGCAUCGGAAUCUCGUGAAGCUUCUCGGAUGCUGCAUUCAAGAAGAAGAGAAGAUAUUGGUGUAUGAAUACGUGCCUAACAAAAGCGUGGAUUUAUUUAUAUUUGAUCAAAGCAGAAGCGCAUUACUUGAUUGGCCUAAGCGUUUCAACAUUAUCAACGGGAUUGCUCGGGGACUUAUGUACCUUCAUGAAGAUUCUAGGCUAAGAAUCAUCCACAGAGACCUGAAAGCUAGCAAUGUCUUACUUGAUAUUGAAAUGAACCCAAAGAUAUCGGAUUUCGGGUUGGCUAGAAGUUUUGGAGGGGAUGAAACGGGAGCCAAUACCAGUCGAGUGGUUGGAACAUAUGGUUACAUGUCCCCGGAGUACGCAGUCGAUGGGAUUUUCUCAGUAAAAUCAGAUGUUUUUAGCUUUGGCGUAUUGGUACUAGAAAUUGUGAGCGGAAAGAAGAACAGAAGAUUCAUUCAUCCGGACCACAAUCUCAACCUCAUUGGACAUGCAUGGAUGCUUCAUAGAGAAGGAAGAUCAUCGGAAAUAGUAGAUCCCGACCUGGUUGGAUCAUGUCAUAUAUCUGAAUCGCAACGAUCAAUACAUGUGGGAUUGUUAUGUGUUCAACAAAGUCCAGAGGACAGGCCAAAAAUGUCUACUGUGGUUCUGAUGCUGACAAAUGAAGGCAUUUUGCCAGAACCAAAACCACCAGGUUUUUUCACAGAAAGAAACAUAGAUGACGCCACUGGAUAUUCUUCAAGUAACCAAACACCCUAUUCUGUCAAUGAUGUAACCAUCUCUUUGUUGGACGCUCGGUAGAAAUAGUAGUGUACACAGAAUUUUGCACAAGCAAUAUCAGCCUGUAGCCACAAUUCGGCUUUUAUUUCCUUUUGAGUCAAUAUAAACAGUGGUGUACACAGAAUUGUGCGCGAGCAGUAUCGACCUAUUGUCACAGUUCCGCUUUUGCUUCCUUAUGAACUGCUCCUAAUGUUUACUUAGACAGUAGUACAGACAGAGCCUUGCGCAAGCAGUAUCGGCCUAUUGUCACAAUUUGACUUUUACUUCCUUCCGAAUUAAUAUGUACUUUGUAUUA